AUGAAGUAUGCUGACUUACUCCCCGCCCUGCUCGCAAAAAACCUUGUCCAGGUCAGAACACCCCCUCGUACACCAGAUGUUUUACCUCCCUGGUUUCGUCAUGAUUUAACCUGCGCUUUCCACCAAGGGGCCCCAGGUCAUGACGUUGAAAACUGCUAUGUCCUGAAGAAUGAAGUGCAAAAACUAGUCCGGGCCAACUUGCUAUCCUUCAAAGAUCAGAAUCCCAAUGUUCAGGCGAACCCUCUGCCGAACCAUGGGCCUGCUGUCAACAUGAUACAAGAUUGUGAUGAAGACGGUGUCAUCCUGAACGUCCAACACGUUCGAACUCCCCUGGUCCCAAUACAUAUCAAGAUGUGCGAGGCAGCUCUGUUUGACCAUGAUCAUGCAGCAUGUGAAAUAUGUCCUGUGAAUGUAAAAGGAUGCCCGAAGGUACAAGAGGACGUACAAGGGUUGAUAGACAACAGAGAACUAAUCAUCAUGAGGAAGGACAAAGAAGUGUGCGUCAUUACCCCUGAGUUUCAGCGGUUGGAAAUAAGCUAUAACAGUGGGGAAUCAACUACUACUCCACUGGUGAUUAGCUUGCCAGGACCUAUGCCGUAUGCUUCUCUAAAAGCGGUCCCUUACAAGUAUAGUGCCACGAUGUUGGAAGGUGGGCAGGAGGUGCCUUUGCCCUCUCUAACUCCUGCGAUUUCUGUGGACAACAUUGCUAGUGACAGUAAGGUUCUGAGGAAUGGACGUGUUAUCCCCACAUUGUUUGCAAAGAAAAUGAAUGAUCCGGCAGUUAAACAGGUGACAGUGAACGGCCCCGGUACAAGGAAGGAAGUGGGCCAAUCCAAUGGGACUAGCAAGAAUUCUGAUCAUGACGAAAUUCUGAAACUGAUCCAGAAGAGUGAGUAUAAAGUAGUAGACCAACUGCUGCAAACUCCCUCUAAGAUAUCCAUUUUGUCUCUGCUAUUGAACUCAGAAGCACACCGUGAGGCUCUAAUGAAGGUGUUAGACCAAGCUUUUGUGGAGAGGGACGUGACUGUUAAUCAAUUGGACAAUAUAGUAGGAAACAUUACUGCCUGCAAUAAUUUAAGUUUUAGUGAUGAAGAACUUCCUGAGGAGGGGAGGAACCACAAUCUGGCGUUACAUAUAUCGGUGAACUGCAAGUCUGAUGCUCUGUCGAAUGUACUUGUGGACACUGGUUCCUCAUUGAAUGUAAUGGCCAAAUCCACAUUAGAUCAACUUUCCUACCAGGGGCCCCCCAUGAGAAGAAGCGGGGUGGUUGUCAAAGCGUUUGAUGGAUCAAGAAAGUCUGUUAUCGGGGAGGUUGAUUUGCCCAUUACAAUUGGGCCGUUUGUUUUCCAAAUUACAUUCCAGGUGAUGGAUAUCCAAGCCGCAUACAGUUGCCUUUUGGGUAGGCCGUGGAUCCAUGAAGCGGGGGCCGUGACAUCCACCUUGCAUCAAAAGCUGAAGUUUGUCAGAAAUGGGAGAUUGAUCACUGUGAGUGGAGAGGAAGCCUUGUUGGUUAGUCAUUUGUCAGCUUUUUCCUUUAUUGGUGCUGAUGAAACAGAAGGAACCUCUUUCCAAGGACUGACUGUAGAGGGUAAAAAGCCAGAGAAGAAUGAAGUGUCUUUUGCUACUUGGAAGAGCGCACAGAAAGUGGUGCAGGAGGGAACAGGUGUAGGAUGGGGAAAAGUUGUGCAGUUGAUAGAGAGUAAAAACCGUGAAGGACUAGGAUUUGCUUCCUCUGCAGGAUCCGCAACGAACAGUGUUGGAUCAAGCUCCAUUACUAGCACCUUUUGUAGCGCCGGGUUCAUCAACAACUCGCCAGAAGCCAAUGCUGUCUUGGAAGACGUUCCUGAAGAGAGAGUACUUGCAUUUGUCACACCUGGAAAACUUGUCCGCAACUGGGACGCGGUUGACAUCCCUUCAGUAGUCCAUGCAUCAAAACUAAGCAUUUAUGAGCCCGUUGAACAUAAUAACCCUGCACUCUCUCCCAACUUCGAAUUUCCUGUCUACGAGGCUGAAGAGGAGGAGGAUGAUGAGAUCCCGAAGGAACUUGCUCGGUUAUUGGAAUAUGAAAAGAAAACCAUUCGGCCUCAUGAGGAGUAG